AUGGGGCAUCCCGAACACUGUGACUGCUGUCACUGUCAACCGCCUGCCGAUUUUCGCAAUCUUCCCGGGGCGGAAGAACUGCGGCACCUUCGACCAGCUACAAAAAGGAAGAAGAUCUACGAGAAAGUGAAAGAACAGGAGUAUCGCGUGCUAAGAAGAAUCAAAUCAGCACCUGAGGCACUUCUCUACCUUGAAGAGCCGAAGAAGGCAUUAUCUGAGGAGGACGAGGAAGUCAAAGCGGUUAUUUUGGAUACAAUUGGCCGCUUCGAGAAAAACAAAGUAAAUUUUACUACUGCGGAGAUUCGAGUCGCUUUGCGUGAAUGGAAUAACUGGGAGAAGCAAAGUAGAUGUCCACCCUCGUCUCUCUCCAAGUUUUUGCUGUGUGCUCUUGUUAACUUCUCCGACUCGGAGAAGUUUCAAGAAGAGGUCCGCAGUUUAAUGGAUCAGGGGGCAGAAAAACAUGAUUGGAGACGGCUUAUGUUCGAGACUGGACAGCCAUAUGCUCGGUGGAAAUCUCAUGUCAAGGGAAAUCCGGACGCAUACCUUGUCCGUUUCUUGCGUGAUGGAAUUGCCGAUCUUCUGGAUAUCUCGCGGAAAGAAACCUCCCAUCAGGUUGAAGAGGCAGAUGGUUCAAACCAGAUGGCGGGUCGUCUUUCGGACUGCGAAGUCCGAAAAAUCAUGCAGCGCAAUAAUGAGCACGAAAGGGAAAAGUAUCCUGUGAUUUUCCAUGAAUUCAAGAGCGGGGGACGCCUGGGGAAAGUAUGUCCUCCCUAUUGGCCGGUUGCUCUGGCCACUGAUGAACAAAGCCGUCGAUACCUUUCUGACGAGCAACUCGAUGCAAUUUUCCCGCGGUGGGAUCGUAUAUUGACAAAUCCGACGCAGUCAGCACAAAAUCGCAGGACUUGGAGUGGCUUAGGGGAAGCUCUCAGAGUUUGGGUUAAAAAUGAAAGGGCUAAGAGUGUCAGAAAUGGGAUUCGUUCUUGGCCUACUCCAGCUUCCCGCGACGAUGGUGACAUGGGAGAUCCGAAGGAUCCCUCCCAAGUCUGGACGACAGUCACGAGGAACGCGGCCUAUGAACCUACCUCCCAAGGCGAUAGCAACGAUAGUCGAGCUAGUACACCCGGGCGACCAAAGGAUGAGCAGCUGGAACUUUUGAAAUCUAUGGUUGAGGAGCUCAAGAAGGGUGUGACGAAUCUUGGAAGAAUAUGCACGAUAUGCAGCUCGACAACAAAAAACGUCGUCGAAGCCCGACACCGGAUUCUCGGAAUUCUAGGGCUCGGCUUGGCUCGUCACAGAGUGACGAACAGAAUGUUGAACCUGUCCAGGCCGAUAAUGACGCGGUGGAAGGCAAGUAAGAUACAGUGGGAUUCGGUAUCUGAUGUUUAA